AUGUUCUCUUGCUGUCUUCGGACUACUCGAGGCUCUGGCCUCAAGAAAGACAACAGGGAAGGCCAUGGCAGUGCCUGGAGGCACAGGGUUCACUCUUGCCUUCAUCGUCUCUGGCCAUUUUCCCGAAAGGGAAAAAUCUUGACCAAAGGCAGCCAAGACCAGGACCACACAGAGCAGGGUGAGAAUGCUUCUGACCCACAGAACCUGAGGGAGCCUCAGAGAGAGUCACACCUCAGUGCAGAAACUGUGGUUAGGCUGGUGAACAAUCUGGUGCCUUCUCUGCAGGAAGGGGACCCCUUCUUUGUCCCUAACUUUCUGUCCACAUACAAAAGAUUUGCCACACCCCUACAGGUACUGGGCCUGCUGUUCAUGAGGUAUGCCUACUUUCGCCCUUAUUCUAAAGAGGAUGAACAAGUAAAGAACACCCUCUGUAGCUUCCUGGACACGUGGAUGGAUAAGAACCCUGAGGACUUUUGUGAUCCCACAGACCUGUUCCCUCUGAAAUACCUGAAGGCCUACUUGAGUGUUCACAUGCCACACUCAGAUCUUCUUGUCCGUGUCAAUAGGAUUCAGACCAGGUUGCAAGAAAUAAAGGCCAAAGAUGCACAGGCCAAGGAUGAGGAAGACUCAGAUCUUGGGAGACAUACAUCCUCAGAUCCAGAGCUUAAAUGUUUUAAAUCUGUAGGGAAACCAGUCACUCUCAAGCCAGAUCUAACUUGUGCACCAGAGCUGGAGAGCACAAAAGCUACCAGAAGUUUCUGUGCCAGGUUCAUAGCUGCAGCCAGACGUGGCAGCAGCAGUCAUGCCUGCACACCUGGUAGCAGCUGUGGAACCUGUGUCUCAGCAUGUCUGUAG